AAUCUUUCGUCAGAAUCCCGAAACAGGCUUCUGCUUUCUUUCUUCCCCAUCCGUCUCGAACCCUCGUUCCAAUGGGGGAACCUCCCCUCCCUUCUCAAACCCUCAAUCCACAUGGUGCCUUGCGAUCCAAAUCCCUCUGUCCUCCCUUCCUGCUCCUGUUUCUUUCCUCACCAUAGUUAACCUCGAGUCGAAGCCGGUGGUCUGCUCGGGCCUUUCUCGGGAGCCUGAGAGCUGGGCGCCGGAGCUGAUUCCGAGCUUCUUCGAUCUGAUUCGGUGCACCUUUUUGAAAUCCACGCCUCCGUUCGACUCGAUUGUGUCGCAGUGUAGACAAGAAAUUUUCGAUCAUGUCUUAUUAAACGGCAGACAAAUAUGUGUUGCACCGAAUAGCAAUAUUGACUAGAUGAAGGAGCAUGUGAGCUGGAUUUUAUCAAAAAAGAGGAGCAUAUAAGCUAGAGAACAUCAUCAUCACAUGACCCUCAGCUAUCAGCACCUGACAUGUACGCUAAGCUAUGGUGCUUGGGCAGGCAUAAAUUAUAGAAAGGUUGACCUUAGUUGGAAAAGUUGUACGGUGCAUGAGGAAAGAAAGACUAAAUCUCAAGCACUGAAGAGCAUCGAGCUCCUCUUUGCUCAGUAGAUGGAGGACUUCAAUUUUGUUGUCGGACAGCAGUUUGCUGAUGUCAAGACUUUCCGAAAGGCAAUUAAAGAAGCUGCAAUUGCACAGCACUUUGAGCUUAAGAUCAUAAAAAGUGAUCUGAUUCGCUACUUUGCUAAGUGUGCCAAGGAGGAUUGUCCUUGGCGCAUACGUGCAGUAAAGCUUCCCAAUGUCCCAACCUUCACAAUAAGGAGCAUUGAAGGAACACAUACUUGUGGCAAAACUGCACAACUUGGCCAUCACCAAGCAUCAGUUGAUUGGAUUGUAAAUCUUAUAGAGGAGCGGCUACGGGACAAUGUGAAUUAUAAACCAAAGGAUAUACUGCAAGACAUUCAAAAGCAGUAUGGGAUUACUAUACCAUACAAGCAAGCAUGGCGAGCGAAAGAAAGGGGUCUGGCCGCUAUUUAUGGAUCUUCUGAGGAGGGUUAUUGCUUGCUGCCAGCAUACUGUGAGCAGAUAAAGCUUUCAAACCCUGGAAGUAUUGCUCAAGUGUUCACUACUGGGUCAGACCAUCGGUUCCAGAGACUUUUUGUUUCUUUUAAUGCAUCAAUAAAUGGUUUUUUGCAUGGCUGUUUACCUAUUAUUGGUCUUGGUGGAAUGGAGCUAAAAAGCAAGUAUCUUGGUACACUAUUGUCCGUGACAUCAUUUGAUGCUGAUGGUGGAUUGUUCCCAGUUGCUUUUGGCAUUGUUGAUGUAGAAACAGAGGAAAGCUGGAUGUGGUUUUUAUCAGAAUUUCAUAAGCUGCUUGAGAUAAGCACAGAGACCAUACCUCAGCUUACAGUCUUGUCCGAUGGACAGAAGGGUAUUGUUGAAGCUGUGAGAAGAAAAUUUCCUACUGCAUACCAAGGGAUAUGCAUGCGUCAUCUAACUGAAAGCAUCAAUAAGGAGUUCAAGAACGGAAGGCUUGUCCAGCUUUUGUGGAAGGCUGCUUAUUCUAUCACUACCAUUGGCUUUAGAGAAAGGAUGGCAGAAAUUGAAGAAGUUUGUGCUGAAGCGGCCAAAAGGAUCCAGCAAGUUCCACCAAAUCGCUGGGCUGUAGUUUAUUUUGAAGGAUCACGUUUUGGUCAUCUUUCUUCAAACAUUGAGGAAUUCAAUAAAUGGAUACUGGAAGCGUGUGAACUUCCCAUCAUUCAAGUUAUAGAGCGGAUCCAUGGCAAAUUAAUGGCCGAGUUUAAAGAACGACAUGAAAAGGGUAUGACGUGGACAUCGGUACUUGCCCCUUCUGUUGAAAAGCGUAUUUCGGAUGCUAUUGAGUCUGCAUUGAGCUACCAAGUGCUUCGUUCAGAUGAAGUAGAAUUUGAGGUUUUAUCAGCUGAUCGUUCUAAUAUCGUGAAUAUUGGCACUCGCUGUUGUUCAUGUCGUGAUUGGCAGUUGUAUGGAGUACCAUGUUCUCAUGCUGUUGCAGCCCUCCUUUCAUGUAGGAAAAAUAUCUAUGAAUACACAGAGAAGUAUUUUACGGUUGCAAAGUACUGUGAGACAUAUUCUCAACCAAUAUAUCCCAUUCCAGACAAAAGUGAGUGGAGCAAGGCUACCGAAGGUCUUACAGAUGAUGAAAAUAGAGUGGUUCGUCCACCAAAGUUUCGUCGUCCCCCGGGUCGACCAGAAAAGAAGCGACUUUGUGUGAAGGAAGCUAAUCGUGAGAAACAUACAGUGCAUUGUAGUCGCUGCAACCAAACAGGACACUACAAAAGAACAUGCAAGGCAGGAGUUGCUGAAACAAUAGAUCAUUAAGUCUGUGCAGUAUUGUACUCUUAAUCCAUACAGCCUGUUAGAUUUGUUAUUAUGAAAUAGUCACUUGUUAGAUGCAUGCUUUUCCAUGCAGUGUAAAUUAAAAUCUGCUUUUUACCGUCAUUUUAUUUGGAGCCAGCUGGCCUUCUUUAAGAUGGCA